UGUAGCUUAACUAUAAAAAAUUUAGUUGGCAAGCACCUUUCAACAUUCAAUUCGCAUUCGAUAAUUUCUAGUUUACUAUCCAAUUUCCAGACCUUCCAGACCUCUUGCAUCCAAGUUGUGCAGGAUCCGAAUUUUACGAUGAAGAUAUUAAAUACCCAGGAAGCCGUGCUUACGAAUGUCGAGGUCUACACCUUUCUGACCAACCAAGCAAAGCAAUACAAUGAUCAAAAGCGCAAGGGUCCAGCGAAUCUUGAGACAAUUCGUAAGGAGGUCCUUCAGUAUUUCGAGUCUUCACCAGCUCCUUUGAGCCAGAAGCCUUUGCCCUAUGGCACCAAGGCAAUCCCCGAGGUCAUAAAAAGAUUAAGCCCAUACGAGAUCUCCAAGGGCGAAUGUAUCAUGAUCUUGAAUAUUCGCCCUACCAACGUCGCAGUCCUCAAUGUGAUCAUAGAGAAUAUGGAAGACCGCUUCAAUGCCGAUCAGCAACAAGAGAUUCUCGAUAUUGUCAUUGAAAUUCUCGGACAAUUUCCAGAAGAUGAUGUUAUGCAGACCACAGAGGAUCAGUAACGAUAAAGUCAUUUCCAAAAGAAUCCACCAGUGUUUACUCCAGAUUCAACGACUGAAUGAG